AUGGAGAAAGAGAAUGAAUUGAGCAUAGAAAAAACUAACGAGUUACGAAAAAAAUUAGGAUUAAAGGAGUUAGAAAUAGAGAAAAAUGAAAAAAGUGAUGAUAACAAAAAAAGUGUAAGGGGUAGAAAGAAAAAAGAAAAUAGAAAUAAUGAAAGAGAAGAUAAAGCAAAGGAAAAUGACGAAAAUACCCAAGUAAAAACAUUAAGCGAAGAAUUUAAAGAUGAUAUUGAUGAUGUUCAAAAUUGGGUGAAUAAAACAAGAAAUGCUAUGAAUAAAAAAUUAGAACAAGAAAGUAUAAAAUACAGUGAUGAAGAAGAUGAUAAAGAUCAAGAUGGUAUGUCAAAAAAAAAAGGAAAAAAACAAACAAAAAAUAGUAAAAAAAAUUUGAGUAAUUUAAAAGUACAACAUAAAAAUGAAGAUAUUCAAAAUGGUAUGGUUUUAACAUUGAAAGAUAAAAAUGUUUUAAGUAAUGAAGAUGACUGUUUAAUAAAUGAAGAAUUAAAAAAACAAAAUGUCAAAAACUUAAUAACAAAAAAUGAUGAUAACUAUUGGAACCAAAAUUAUUAUAAUCCGCUAUCAUAUUAUGAAAAUGAUUUAAAAAAUAAAAAUGAACAAAAAGAUAAUAAUACAUCUAUAAAUAUGAUUCCAAAAUAUGAUGAUAAAGACCAUUCCUUCGAUAUACAGAUAAAUUAUAAUGACAACGAAAAAGAAUAUGAACAAAAAAGUAACACAAAAAAUAGUAUUAAUAAAAUAAAAAUAAAAAAUACAGAAGAUUUAAGGAAAAGAAAUUUCAAUAGUACUGAUGAUAAAAUUACAAAAAGUAGUAAUGUUAUCCAAAUGAAAAAAAGAAAAAUUAAAAACAUAAAUAAAAGAAAAUCAGAUGAUGUGUGGAGCUUCUUAUAUAAAGAUCCAACAAAUGAUGAAAAAGAAUCAGAAAAAAAUAAUGGAGAUAAAAUAAAAAAAGAGAAAAAUACUGUAACAACAAAUAAUGAGAACGUAAAUACAAACAGUAAUAUUCUACAAGAUGUUAUGGAAAAAAUCAAAGAAGAAAAUAUGAACAUGGAGUUUAACUAUUUUGAUGAUACAUUACUUAGUCAAAAUGAAGAAGAAAAAGAAUUGUAUGAACUAUUAGAAAAAGGCAAUGAUUUAAAAAAAAAAAAAAAAGAAAGAAUUAAUUAUCAAAAUGAACUAUUAAAACGUAUUGUAAUAAAUGAUGAUGAUAAAAAAAUUGAUGAUGAUAAAAAUAAUAAUACUAUAAAAUUAACGGAUGCUUCUGAAUUUUGUAAAAGUAUAUACUUACCAUUAGAUACGCAUGAAAAUAUUAAAAAAUCAGCAUUGAAAAAAAAUGAUAAAAUAAAUGGUAUAGAAAUUGCAGUAUCCGAUCGCACAAAUAAUUCAAACCGACUUUCAAAACUAAAUCAUAAUGAUAAAGAUGAAAAUGAUAAAGAUUCAAUAAAAAAUGAUGAACAUGAUGAAAAAAAAAAAAAAAAAAAUGAAAAUAUAUAUGAUGAUGAAAUAGAUCUUUCAGAAAAUGGGGUAUCUGAAAUUUUUAAUGAAAUUAAAUUAGAUGAAGGCUUAUUUGGGGCAUUAGAAUAUUUGAAAACUAGAGGAGAAUUAAACAUAGAAGAUAAGAUUUAUAGAAAUCCUGAAAAUAAACCUUUGCAUAUGCCCACAGAUAAAAAUGAAAUAAAAAUUGAUUAUAAAAAUGAUACAGGAAAAGUUAUGACACCCAAAGAAAGUUUUCGAUAUAUUUCGUGGAUUUUUCACGGAAAAAAACAAGGUAAAAAUAAAUUAGAAAAAAAAAUUAAAAGAAUGGAAAUUGAACGUAGAUUUAAAGAAAAUCCAAUGGAAUCUCUUCCAACUUUAAAUGUUCUUAAAAAAGUUCAAGAAGUUCAAAAAAAAGUUUAUUUUACCCUAUCCAACAAUGGAUGA